UGCUGUGCUGGGGCCGACCAGAUAUCAGUUUCAAUCGUUUGGUAACAGGAUAUCAGAUUUUAGCCAAACAAAUCUGGAUAAAAAUCACAUUUGUUUCCCCCAUGGACUACAUAUCAUCACACAGCCCUUGUUAACUUGGUUUGGAGAAGUGCGUGCGAAUGGCUUGAGUUAAACAAACCACACCGUGACACUUGGUGAACUUUGAAGGUCUUCAGUCUGUGAUAUUUGGUCGCCAAGAGAAAGAAGAAGGCAUAUGUAGGGCUUGCUCACUGAGCUUCAGCAAAUUGUCACUUCUGUACCCCCCCCCAAGUCAAGACAGUGCAGUUACAAGCAUUCAAAAUGCCACUUGGAUUGGGACGAAGGAAGAAGGCAUCUCCACUCGUGGAAAAUGAAGAGGCUGAACCCAUCCGUGCUGGCCUAAAUGUGCCAGGGCUUGAUGGCAUGGAUGGUGGUGGUGUUGGACUAGUAGAUGGUGCCACUCAAGAGGGUUUGCCCCCUCCUCCCACCAAUCUACGACCUCGUCUGAUCUUCCACACCCAGCUGGCUCACGGCAGCCCAACGGGACGCAUCGAGGGGUUCAGCAAUGUCCGAGAACUGUAUGCUAAAAUCGGAGAGGCGUUUGCGAUACCACCAGCAGAGGUGAUGUUUUGCACGCUGAACACCCAUAAGGUCGACAUGGACAAACUAUUGGGAGGUCAGAUUGGGCUGGAGGAUUUCAUAUUUGCUCACGUGAAGGGUCAGAGAAAAGAAGUUGAGGUCUUUAAGGGGGAAGAUGCUUUGGGACUUACCAUCACUGACAAUGGAGCUGGUUAUGCUUUUAUCAAGAGGAUAAGAGAAGGCAGUAUCAUCCAUCAAAUCCAGGUCAUCAACGUGGGAGACAUGAUUGAAUCUAUCAACGGGCAAAUUCUGAUUGGCUGUCGACACUAUGAGGUCGCCAAGAUGCUUAAAGAAUUGCCCAAAGGGAAGAACUUCUACCUGAAGCUGGUGGAACCCUUGAAAGCUUUUGACAUGAUCAGCCAGAGAUCUGGGGCCAGAUCAGGUUCAGGGGUACAGCUCGGCACUGGAAGAGGAACACUUCGUCUAAGAUCCAAAGGUCCAGCCACAGUUGAGGAACUGCCCUCUGCGUUUGAGGAGAAGGCCAUCGAAAAGGUGGAUGACCUUUUGGAAAACUACAUGGGGAUUAGAGACAGUGAACUUGCGGCCACAAUGGUGGAGUUAGGGAAGGACAAAAAGAACCCGGACGAAUUUGCAGAGGCUUUGGACGAGACGCUCGGAGACUUUGCCUUCCCUGAUGAAUUUGUGUUCGACGUUUGGGGUGCCAUUGGCGAUGCCAAGGUCGGUCGUUUCUAACCACAGAGACGGGGGAGACGCCAGAGAGACGAGGAGCUUGCAAUGCAUAGGCACAUCCACGAGAAAACCGUACUACUAGGAUUCACUAUAGUACUCCUAUAACAUUUGUUACAUUUUUACAUUUUGAAAAUAUGCUGUGUUUGAUGGGAGCAUAUUCUGUUGGGAGGCUACUUAAAAAAGACUGAUGCUACUGUAAGAGCCUAAAUUCCAUAAUCCAUUUUAUAGCUGUAAAAGCUUUUGAUGAGAGUCAGUUGUUUUAAAUGUAAACAUGAAGGAAAAAAAAAAAUGUGUCCAGAAACGUUUGAUAAGUCGUAUGUCUCAAAGGGAUAUUCAGGAACCAUGACCAGAAAGAAAAAUACCACACACGCUCAUUUCCAAGGUCUGUCCCCAAAUACUCCUUUGGGUGAACAUUUUGUGGGGCAUUUGGGAGAAUUUUAGGGAGACCACCGUCAUCCUAGUCAGGUCUGCCAGACUGAUAUUUGACAAACUGUGAUUUUCACUCUUCUUUUGCACUGUGUUGCAUGGCGCUGUAAACAUUUUUGCACUGUGUUGGCAUGGCAACAGGAUGAACAGUGGCUUCUCAGCAUUGAGACCCUCUGUUUUGCUGUGUGGUGACUCUUGUUCUGUGCUAUUCCGUGUCAUGCCCUUACACAGUGCAGUUUAAGACCACUUUGUUUGAUGUAAAAGUACCAUGAAUCCUUAUAACUUGUACUGUUAUGUUUUUUUUUUUUCUAUUUGUAUUUUUUUUAAAUGAAG